ACCUGCCCCGGUCCCCGGUGCUCCGGCCCUUCCUCGGCAGGCAAUCUCCUGCUCCACGCGCUCGCCCGCCGCCCCCGCCCGACCUCCCCAUCGCCUGGUUUGUGGGCGUGGGGACCCCGAGUGGUGCCCGCGCCCCUCGCCUUCCCCAGGCAGCAAGGGCUGCCUUGUGCAGGGUGUCUCCUUGGCUGGGUGACGGAGGCUCUAGUGAGCAGGUCCCACUCGGCCCACCAAGGGCCCCUGCCUGCUGCCUGGGGCAUAGGGCGCCCUUUCGCCUGCAGAGGGUGAGGGAUGCGGUUGUGCCCCAGAGCUAAAUUAGGAGGCUGACACUGACUCCUGGCUUCACCUUCCAGACAUGGAGGCUAAAUUUAGCUGGAGGUGUGUGUGUGUGCGGCGUGCGUGUGCGCGUGUGUGUCCAGAAGCCAUACUGAGGAGGCCAACCUGGCUUCUGAGAUCCCCUUGCUCCUUGAAGUUCUCUGAGGUUAAGUAGGACUGUACAUCCUGGGGCGAUGCUAAGCCUCCUCUUCUUUGCUGGGGGGCCUUUCGUCUGAGGUUACACUUGGCAUGAUGCUGCGUUGGCGCCUUCAAUGGUACCCCCCGCCCCCCAACACACACCCAUAGGCUGACUUCCGCUGAGCUGGGCUGAGCUACAGCUUCCCCUCCACUGUUCCAGGAAGUCACCUCCCUUCCCCUCUGAAGCGCCCCCAUUCCUCCUGUCCUCCGCUGCACGCCACCCAUCAAGCUCUUUCCUAGCUUCUGCACCUGGGGUUCCCCAGGGCCCUUAGGCUCCCACCCUCGGGGUGGCCAUGGAGGCAGAUGCAGUGAGUGAGGGGGGGGCCAUGGCCGAGGAGCGGCCCCCCCGGCUGGUGGAUUACUUCGUGAUCGCUGGGCUCGCGGGGAGCGGAGCACCCAUUCCCGAGGAGACGCGGGUUCCUGAACCCAGUGGGCCCCUGCGCCCGCCCCGGCCUGCUGAGCCCAUCACCGACGUGGCAGUCAUCGCGAGGGCGCUGGGCGAGGAGGUGCCCCAGGGGUACACCUGCAUCCAGGCCUCCGUGGGGGGCCACCCCUUGGAACUCAGUGCUGGGCUCCUGAGUGGAACUCAGCCUGUCAUCUGCUACCGCAGGGGCCGUGACAAGCCGCCCCUCGUGGAGCUCGGGGUGUUGUAUGAGGGGAAGGAACGUCCCAAGCCUGGUUUCCAAGUACUAGACACGACACCCUACAGCCACUCCGCCAACCUGGCCCCUGCAGGCCCUGGGCACCCCCGUACCUACCUCACUUACCGGCGAGCAGCAGAGGGGGCAGGGCUGCAUGCCUUGGGCAUCACUGACCUCUGCCUGGUGCUGCCCAGCAAGGGUGAGGGCACUCCUCAUACUUACUGCCGGCUGCCCCGCAACCUCAACCCGGGCAUGUGGGGCCCAGCAGUGUACCUGUGCUACAAGGUGGGCCUGGCCAAAGCCAACACGCUUGUGUAUGAGGCAGAGCUGCUGGGCCGCUACCCAGAGGAGGACAAUGAGACAUUUCCGCUGCCCGAGUCGGUGCCCGUCUUCUGCCUACCCAUGGGGGCCACUAUCGAGUGCUGGCCCGCCGAGACCAAGUACCCGGUGCCUGUCUUCUCCACCUUCGUGUUGACGGGUGCAGCUGGUAAUAAGGUGUACGGUGCGGCCCUGCAGUUCUAUGAGGCGUUCCCGAGGGCCAGGCUGUCGGAGCUGGUGCGCAGCCGGCGCGCCAUCGCCAUGCUGUCCCGCUGGCCGGCCUUCUCUGCCUUCCGCGCCUUCCUUACCUUCCUUUACCGCUACUCCGUCUCGGGCCCCCACCGCCUGCCCUUGGAAGCGCACAUCUCCCACUUCAUUCACAACGUCCCCUUCCCUUCCCCACAGAGACCCCGCAUCCUGGUGCAGAUGUCUCCCUAUGACAACCUGCUCCUCUGCCAGCCUGUAUCCUCACCCCUGCCCCUCAGUGGUGCCAGCUUCCUGCAGCUGCUGCAGAACCUGGGCCCUGAGCUGGCCAUCACGUUGCUGCUGGCUGUGCUCACAGAGCACAAACUCCUAGUCCACUCGCUGCGGCCGGACCUGCUCACCAGCGUCUGUGAGGCCCUUGUCUCUAUGAUCUUCCCGCUGCACUGGCAGUGCCCCUACAUUCCCCUGUGCCCGCUGGCGCUGGCUGACGUGCUGAGCGCCCCCGUGCCCUUCAUUGUGGGCAUCCACUCCAGCUACUUCGAUCUGCACGACCCACCUUCUGAUGUCAUCUGUUGGACGGAGGAAAAGAAGCCCCUCACCCCUCGGACUCUGCCCCGCAGACCCUACAAGGUUCUGCUGGCUACACUGACAACCCUGUAUCAGCAGCUGGAUCAGACAUACACUGGGCCCGAGGAUGAGGAGGCUGUGUGUGGCCGCCGGGACCGGCUGGAGCGCGAAGUCCAGGGGGCCUUCCUCCGCUUCAUGGCCUGCCUGCUCAAGGGCUACCGGGACUUCCUGCGUCCACUCAUCAAGGCGCCCUCUGAGGGGGCUCGCGAUGUCGACAACCUCUUCUUCCUGCAGGGUUUCCUCAAGUCCCGGGAGCGCUCCAGCCACAAGCUGUACUCGCAGCUGCUGCACACGCAGAUGUUCUCGCAGUUCAUCGAGGAAUGCUCCUUUGGCUCUGCUCGGCACGCUGCCCUCGAAUUCUUUGACUCUUGCGUUGAUAAGGUCCACCCAGAGCAGGAGAAGCCCGAGGCGACGCCCUUGGUGGAGCUGGAGGAGCUGUCGGGAAGUGAGCUCACUGUCUUCAUCACGCCUCCCGAGGAGCCCCCGGUGCCCGAGGGCAGCGAACCCACUCCCCAGUACUGCUACGAUGGAUUUCCAGAGCUACGGGCUGAGCUGUUUGAAUCUCCCCAAGAGCAAGCGGGGGCUCUGCCUGUGCCUGGCCCGUCCCGUAGUGCCCCGAGCAGUCCUGCUCCUCGCCGUACCAAACAGGAGAUGAAGGUCGCACAGCGGAUGGCGCAGAAGUCUGCGGCGGUGCCUGAGCUGUGGGCCCGGUGCCUACUGGGGCACUGCUACGGGCUCUGGUUCCUGUGUCUGCCUGCCUACGUGCAGUCAGCGCCCUCCCGGGUGCAGGCACUGCACACGGCCUACCACGUGCUGCGCCAGAUGGAGCACCACAAGGUGGUGCUGCCCGAUGAGGUGUGUUACCGGGUGCUGAUGCAGCUGUGCUCGCACUAUGGGCAGCCUGUGCUGUCUGUGCGGGUCAUGCUGGAGAUGCGGCAGGCAGGCAUUGUGCCCAACACGAUCACUUAUGGCUACUACAACAAGGCUGUGCUGGAGAGUAAGUGGCCAUCUGGUACACCUGGUGGGCGCCUGCGCUGGGCCAAGCUUCGGAACAUUGUCCUGGGGGCUGCUCAGUUCCGCCAGCCCUUGAAGGAACGGUGGCAGCAGCAGCAGCAGCAGCAGCAGCAACAACAGCAGCAACAGCAGCAGCAGCGGCAGCAGCAGGCGGCAGCACAAGAGGCAGGCAGCUCCCAGACAGAGCCCCGCCUGGAGCGCCCCUCCCCUACCCGCCCCCUUCAGCGCCAGACUACUUGGGCUGGGCGCAGCCUGCGGGACCUGGCCUCACCCAAGGGGCGCCUGUUGAAGAGUGGCAGCCUGGGCAGUGCCCGAGAGGCACAACCCACGGUGGAGGCCGGCGUGGCCCACAUGAUGGAGGCCUUGGGGGUACUGGAGUCCCGGGCAUCACCUGUGCCCUGGCACGAUGGAAGCCUCUCAGACCUGAGCCUGCCUGGGGAGGAGCUGGCAGCUGGAGGCAGUCCAGGGGACUCGGGCUGCGCCCUGAGUACCCAGUCCACUGAAGUCGUGGAAGGGCUAAGUGAGCGUGUGCCCAAGGCUAGUGGGCAUCAGGAUGAGAGCAGCACCCCCCGGCGAGGGCUGGGUGCCCGCCUCCAACAGCUGCUCACUCCUUCCCGCCGCCGCUCCUCUGUCUCUCGCAUUCCCCCACCUGAGCUGCCCCCCGACCUGCCUCCCCCAGCCCACCGCAGCCCCAUGGAUGGCCUUCUGCACCCCCGGGAGCGCCCUGGAUCCACUGCCUCCGAGAGCUCAGCCUCUCUGGGCAGUGAGUGGGAUCUCUCAGAAUCUUCUGUCAGCAGCCUGAGCCUUCGCCGUUCCUCAGAGCGCCUCACCGAAACCCCCGGGACCUCCCAGCCACCUUCCCUGGAAAUUCUGCUGUCCAGCUGCUCCCUGUGCCGUGCCUGUGACUCGCUGGUAUACGAUGAGGAGAUCAUGGCCGGCUGGGCACCUGACGACUCCAACCUCAACACCACCUGCCCCUUCUGCGCUUGCCCCUUCGUGCCCCUGCUCAGUGUCCAGACUGUGGAUUCCCGACCCAGUGCCCCCAGCCCCCAGCCUGCCCCUGCUGGUGCCAGCGGCAGCAAAGAUGCUCCUGUCCCAGGGGGCCCAGGCCCUGUGCUCAGUGACCGCAGGCUCUGCCUUGCCCUGGAUGAGCCCCAGCUCUGCAACGGGCACAUGGGGGGUGCCUCCCAGCGAGUCGAGGGUGGGGCAUGGGCAUACCUGAGCCCCCUGGUGCUGCGUAAGGAGCUGGAGUCGCUGGUAGAGAACGAGGGCAGUGAAGUGCUGGCGUUGCCUGAGCUGCCGGCUGCCCACCCCAUCAUCUUCUGGAACCUCCUGUGGUAUUUCCAGAGGCUGCGCCUGCCCAGUAUUUUGCCAUGCCUGGUGCUCGCCUCCUGCAAUGGUCCCCCAGCCCCCCAGGCCCCAUCUCCUUGUCUAGUGCCUGACCCAGCCUCUGUGCAGGUGCGCCUGCUGUGGGAUGUUCUGACCCCUGACCCCAAUAGUUGCCCGCCUCUCUAUGUGCUCUGGAGGGUCCACAGCCAGAUCCCCCAGCGGGUGGCAUGGCCAGGCCCUGUACCUCCAUCCCUGAGCCUGCAUUUGCUGGAGUCGGUGCUGCGUUAUGUUGGUCUCGACGAAGUGCACAAGGCUAUAGGGCUCCUGCUAGAAAUUUUAGGGCCCCCUCCCACAGGCCUGCACCUACAGAGGGGCAUCUACCGUGAGAUCUAUUUCCUGACGAUAGCUGCUUUGGGCAAGGACCACAUGAAAACAGUGCACUUCGACAAGCGGUACAAGUCUGCCUUUAACAAACUGGCCAGCAGCAUGGGCAAGGAGGAGCUGAGGCAGCGGCGGGCACAGAUGCCCACCCCGAAGGCCAUUGAUUGCCGAAAAUGUUUCGGAGCAUUUCUGGAAUGCUAGGGACCCCGAAGCUUCCCCCUCCAGCCUGGAGUGGGGAGGUGGAGGAGAAAGGGUUCUAGCGAUCAUCUGCUUCCCUGUUCCUUUCAUAGAGGAGUUGGGAAACGGGCCAGGAGACAUGCCCCAGCCAUAGGCUCCAAGUGGGGACAGCAGGAAGGGGGACCCAGUAUUACCAAAAGUCACAGUUCGCUGUCUCCAACCUGCCCAACGUGCUCAUGCUGACAUUGGAGGAGGCCUGGCGACCUUUGGCACAGCUCUGUUUCGCCCCAUCCUAUACUAGGAGCUCCCCUCCAGUUACCCACAGAUCUGCUCUACCCCGGUCAUUUUAUAAGUUUUUGUUUUAAAAAACAACUGGAAAGAUACAGAGCCACUGAGCCUUUGCCUUGAAUGGGAGGGAGGACCAUCAUUCCCCAUCAAGGAUGGCCCCUCUUUGCUAGAAUUGCUGAAGGCGUCCAAGGCUCUCCAUGCCUUUCUACCUUAGAAUUUGUAUUUUAAGUUAUUUAUUCUGGAGCCACCGCCCCCUUGCGUAUGAAGUUAUUAUGGAUGGUGGAAAAGAGAAGGGGAAUGGGGUCCUACGGUGCAGUGCUUUGUAGCACCUUAAAUUUCAAGAGGUGGGAACUGGAGGAGUCCCAAGGUCUCCUUAGGAAGUAUUGAUGCCCCCACUAAGUCCUAAUCCUUCUUGUCCUCUCCACCUGGGGAAUGCAUCACCCACCCAGGGCCCUGACUGUGCAAUAAGGAUUGUUCCUUGCAAAGUUUUGUUGGAUGUAAAUAUAGUAAAAGCUGCUUCUGUUUUUUUUUU